AUGUUGACUAGACGCUUUCGUAGCGGAGUUCGCCGUAUCAGUGUUCACAAAACCAUAAGCGGUGGCUUGAGAUACCUGUCCAGUCGUUUGGACGCAUUAGAUCAUGAAGAGAGGCUGGAAGGAUGCUUGUCUACACUACCUUCGAAGGCUAAAGUGGUGAUAUGCGGUGGUGGAGUAAUGGGAGCUGCUGUUGCAUACCAUUUGGCUGAGAGGGGUUGGGGAGACAAAACUGUGCUCAUUGACAGAGAGAGCGUUGGAAGUGGCAGUCGUUGGCAUUCAUCGGGUCUAAUUGGGACCUUCAAACCGUCUCUCGCUCAGGUUCGGCUCGCCCAGUCAUCUAUCAAAUUGUUACAAGAGUUGGAGUCACGGGGACGGGAAACUGGAUGGAAACAAUGCGGGUCGUUACUUCUAGCUCGAACAAGAGACCGUAUGACAGUAUAUAGAAGAAUGAAGAGCCAGUCUGUUUCCUGGGGUAUACCGUGCGAGUUGGUUACACCUAACCGUUGUCAGGAGAUUUGGCCAAUGCUGAAUGUGGAGGAUAUACUUGGAGGUCUUUGGAUACCUGGCGAUGGAGUGGGCGAUCCUCAUCUGUUCUGCAUGUCUUUGUUGAAGGAAGCUGUUUCAAAGGGUGUAGGUGUAAUGGAAAACUGUGCCGUGACUUCAGUUCUCUCCAAAAACAACCACGUAACUGGUGUGGAGACCAGUUGUGGUGCUGUGGAAUGUGAAUACUUUGUCAACUGUGCCGGUUUCUGGGCCAGGCAGGUUGGCCAACUGAGUCGCCCACAGGUCAAAGUACCGCUCUUGCCUUGCGAACAUUAUUAUUUGCACACCAAGCCGAUUGACAACUUAGAUCCGAUGACGCCGGUGGUCCGAGACCCCGACGGUUACAUAUACUUGAGAGAGCGUGACGGCUGCAUACUGGCGGGUGGCUUCGAGCCAGUCGCCAAACCAGUUAACGAAGAAGAAAUAAACUCUGUGUCCGCCCGCUGUGUGCCCGAGGACUGGGACCAGUUCCACGUACUCCUGCAACAGCUGUUGAAGCGGGUGCCGGCCCUCAGUCAGGCCUCGCUGCACAAACUGUGCAACGGCCUGGAGGCGUUCUCGCCUGACUGCAAGUGGAUCGUGGGCGAAGCACCAGAGAUGUUCAAGUACCACGUGGCCGCUGGCAUGAAGACGGUGGGCAUCAGCGCUGCGGGCGGCGUCGCGGAGGCCACCGCCGACGAGAUACUGGACGGAUACACCAAGUACGACAUGUACGAGCUGCACAUCAACAGGUUCCUGGGGCUGCACAACAACAAACGGUUCUUGAGGGACCGCGUCAAGGAGGUGCCCGGUGUGCACUAUGGGUUGCCUUACCCGUUCCACGAGUUCGAGACCGGCCGCAACCUGCGGCUGUCCCCGAUCUACCCGACCCUGAGGGACAACGGAGCGGUGUUCGGACAAGUGAUGGGCUACGAGAGGCCCACCUGGUUCGAGACAGUCGCGUCCACGAAGACGUUCGGCAAGCCGCACUGGUUCGACACCGUCCAGCGCGAGUACUGGGCGUGCAGGGAGGCGGUCGGCCUGGCAGACUACUCCUCAUUCACCAAGAUAGACAUACAGUCCAACGGUCGCGAGGUGGUGGACCUGUUGCAGUACCUGUGCUCCAACGACGUGGACGUGCCGGUGGGCAGCAUCAUACACACGGGCAUGCAGAACGAGCGCGGCGGGUACGAGAACGACUGCAGCCUGGCCAGGAUAUCAGACUACCAUUACAUGAUGAUCGCGCCGACUAUCCAGCAGACCCGGUGCAAGGUGUGGCUGAAGCGGCACUUGCCCGCCAACGGGUCAGUGACCCUGACCGACGUCACCUCCACGUACACCGCCAUCUGCGUGAUGGGCCCCUUCACCAGGAGCCUGCUCUCCGAGCUGACGGACACGGACCUCUCGCCCGCACACUUCCCCUUCUUCACCUUCAAGGAGAUAGACGUCGGACUCGCCAACGGCAUCAGAGCGAUGAAUCUCACGCACACAGGCGAACUCGGAUAUGUGCUGUACAUACCCAACGAGUUCGCGCUGCACGUGUACCAGCGGCUGAUGGCUGGCGGCGAUAAGUACGGCAUCAGUCACGUGGGCUACUACGCGGCGCGCGCCCUCCGCGUGGAGAAGUUCUUCGCGUUCUGGGGCCAGGACCUGGACACGAUGACCACGCCGUUGGAGUGCGGCCGCACCUGGCGGGUCAAGUUCAACAAAAACGUGGAGUUCAUCGGGCGCGAGGCGCUGGUGCAGCAGCGCGCGGAGGGCAUCCGGCGGCAGUACGUGCAGCUGCUGCUGACCGACCACGACCAGGAGCUGGACCUGUGGUCGUGGGGCGGCGAGCCCAUAUACAGGGACGGGGACUACUGCGGCCAGACCACCACCACCAGUUACGGGUUCACCUUCAAGAAACAGGUGUGCCUCGGAUUCGUUCAGAACCUGGAUAAAAAUGGCGUCGCGCAGCCGAUCACAAACGACUACAUUCUAGGCGGCCACUACGAGAUAGACAUAGCCGGCAUCAGAUACGCAGCGAAGGUGAACCUGCACUCGCCCAACUUGCCGACCAAAUACCCGGACAAGGAGCGGGACGUGUACCAGGCGACCAGGAAACUGCACGACCCCCACCAGUUCCUCGGGCGGCAUUACCAACAUUAG